UAUCCCUAAAAACUAACAAGUAGAAAUGCAGUCGACCUCAUCAGCUCCAUUGCCAAAAUGCUCUAACCCUCUCUCCCUUAACCACUUCCACUUCCACUUCCACCAUCGAAACCCUCGCAAAACCCUCAACUUCCUUCUCCUCCCCCCUAAACCCCAAACCCACUGCACCAACCACUGCGCCCUUUCCAUCUCUCACACCCACAGUUGCAGCAGAGAGCACCAGAACCAGAGCCAGAAGCACAUCAAUGGCGAUUCCGACCCCUAUCAGAACGAUAUGUUGUUUCUGCAAUUGAACCCCUCAGGAGACACCGAAGACGCCGGUAACCAAAGCCCAGAAGCCCCAAACGAAAAACGAGGGCGAGAUCAAAGAGAGAGCGAAGCCGAUAAUUCCGAGGGACUUUCGACAAACAUGUGGUGGGCAGACGUGAAAGCCGCAUUGGGACAAAGGUUCAACUUUGGAGCCAUGGUUCGUUCAGCCAUGGUGCUCACGAAAGACAAGCACUUGGUGCUGCCUCAUGUUUCUGUGCCUGAUAUAAGGUACAUUGAUUGGCCUGAGUUGCAUAGAAGGGGUUUCAAGGGUGUUGUGUUUGAUAAGGAUAAUACUAUCACUGCACCUUAUUCCUUGACGCUUUGGGGUCCUCUUGGGUCUUCAUUGGAGCAGUGCAAAUCCGUUUUUGGACCUGAUAUCGCGGUAUUCAGUAACUCGGCUGGGCUUUAUGAGUAUGACCAUGAUGGUUCAAGAGCUAGGGAACUUGAAGGGGCUAUUGGAAUUAAAGUCAUAAGACAUAGAGUGAAGAAACCUGCCGGAACAGCUGAAGAGAUCGAGAAGCAUUUUGGUUGUAAAUCGUCACACCUUAUUAUGGUGGGUGAUCGGCCCUUAACUGAUAUUGUCUAUGGUAAUCAAAAUGGAUUUCUAACUAUUUUAACCGAACCGUUGAGUCUCAACGAGGAACCGUUCAUUGUUAGGCAGGUGAGGAAACUGGAAACAGCCCUUGUGAAUCAUAGGUUUAAGAGAGGGUUAAAGCCCACCAGUCAUAGGCUGUUGCCUGACGGCAAGCAGUGUGUGAAACAUCCGCCACCGCUAGCAUAUAUAGUGAGCAUGGCGGUGUCUGGAGCCAUCACUGGAGCGUGCAAGAGGAGGAUGGUUGAGCGACCGAUUGAAUGCAAAUCCUCGUUGGUGCUGUGGUCAUAACUGGAUAUCGAACCUCAUUGUUGCUCAGUCCUCCGUGUCUUCAACUCGAAUAUCAGGAACGUCCAAGAACAAAACCAUCCUCAGAUCUUAAAAACAAGGGUGUCUUCUCUAGGGUCAGCUAUCAAGGCCAACUUGUAAGCAGCUCUCUUCCCUUGAUUUAAGAAUUAGAUUAGGCACCUAAGUUUGUCUGGUCACAUGGUUCCUGUCGGCUGCUUGUAGCCAUCUCCAUCUCUCCUUCUCCUCCCCUCUUUCAUAUAUACUUGGGCCUCUUGUACAAUGAAUAUAUAUGAAAUACAUUACAAUUUAAAA